AUGCCACCGAGGCCAUCCAGCGAUCCUGUCAUGCCAAUCUACUCGGCUGUCUACUCUGGUGUGAAUGUGUACGAGAUGGAGGUCAAUAAUGUAGCUGUCAUGCGUCGCCAGAAUGACAGCUGGCUCAAUGCUACGCAGAUCCUCAAGGUCGCCGGCGUGGAUAAGGGUCGCCGGACCAAGAUUCUCGAAAAGGAGAUCCAGACGGGUGAGCACGAGAAGGUGCAAGGCGGAUACGGCAAGUACCAAGGCACGUGGAUCCCAUUUGAGCGCGGCCUCGAGGUCUGCCGCCAGUACGGCGUCGAGGAGGUCCUGAACAAGCUCCUCACCCACAACCGUGGCCAGGACGGAGGCGGGGACGUCGAAACCCCGACCAAGGAGCAGGCCAUGGCCGCACAGAGAAAGCGCAUGUACAACGCAAGCUCGCAGGAAAACCGCGCCAACGGGCUUGCCGGGACGUUCUUCAAAAACAUAUCCAACACGGCAUCUCAGGCAAUCAAUGCUAUCAGCAAGGCCCGGUUUGACUCGCCUGGGCCGAGAAACCGCAGCGGCCCCUCGCGGGCCCCCAGCUUCAACCGUCAAUCCUCCAUGCAGGAUGGAAACGAUUUCCCGCCAAACUCGCAACAGAGCUUUGCCUCCGACUACGGUCAUGCCGAGUCUGCCUUUGGGUCCCAGACCACCCAACCAGCUGCGGGCGAUGCCUUGGAGCAGCCCCCGCGAAAACGGCAAAGAGUACUCACCCCAGCCAACAGUUUUGGCGGCUUGACCCCGACCUAUCCAAACAUCGACUCGUACGGGGCCGAAUUUCCCGGCUCGCCCACAGAACCCAACGAGUCAUUCAUCUAUUCCCAGGCAGGCAUCAACGUCGAUAACGAGGCCAACUACGCCCCGGGGCCGCUCCGGCCGCUCCCAUACGAGAUGUCGCCCGAGGCGGAGGCGAAGCGGGGCAUGCUCAUGGCACUCUUUAUGGAGCCCACCCCCUCAGAGGAAUCAAAAAAGACCGUGUUCCGUACCAUGACGUCCCAGGAGCUCGAUGCGCCAAUCGACACGCAGAGUCACACGGCUCUCCAUUGGGCGGCAACGCUCUCCCGUAUGCCGCUCCUCCGGUCACUGAUCGAAGCGGGUGCAAGCCCUUUCCGGGUGAACGCGUCCGGGGAAACGGCUCUGAUGCGGGCUUGCGUGGUGACUAACUCUAUGGACCUGAACUCGUUCCCCGAGCUGCUCGACGUGUUGGGCGGCACGAUCGACGUGCGCGACGACAAGGGCCGGACAGUCUUGCAUCACAUUGCUGUGACCAGUGCCGUGAAGGGGCGGAAUAGUGCGAGCCGGUACUAUCUCGAGAGCUUGCUCGAAUGGGUUGUGCGGCAGGGCAGUGCCCCCAGCAGCCAGAACAUCCCCAGCAGCAACGGCACACCGGCACCGGCCAGGAUGGGGAUUGGUCGGUUCAUGAGCGAGAUUGUCAACGCACAGGACAACAGCGGCGACACGGCUCUUAACAUUGCGGCGAGGAUUGGAAAUCGCAGCAUUAUCUCGCAGCUCCUCGAGGUCGGCGCGGACCCCAACAUUGCCAACCGCGCAGGUCUUCGGCCUCUUGACUUUGGCAUUGGUGUUGAAGCCGAGGGGCUUAAUGCUGACGCUGUAGAGAGGAACGGGGCUACGCAGGGAUCGAGCCAACGAAGCAGCGCUAACAGCGACGAAGUCGUGAACUCGAUUACCCACCUCAUUGGGGAGUCAUCCUCACUCUUCCAGGGCGAACUGAAGAAGAAGCAAGAGUCGAUCGACUCGCUACACAACUCGCUUCGGACGACGUCGGCGCAGGUCGGGGAGGCCCGCCGCGCCCUCGAAGGGCUGCAAGAAAAGCUCAAGGCGCAACAGCUCGCCCGCCAGAAGGUGGUCAAUCUCACCAGGGCCUGCGGCGAGGAGGAAUACGAGCUUCUUCGGCUCGAGCAGCGACAUGGGCGUCUCGACGUAGCCAGCGCCAACGCCUGGGAGGUGGAGCUGGAGACGGUGCUGAAGACGGUUGCAGCCCUCAAGGCGCAAUCCGGCGCACCCAAUGACCAGGAGCAGCCAGAUGCUAAGGUGGCAGGGAGAUUGCCGCAUAGGCCCGUCCUACGAGCGCGUCUCAAUGCCCUUCGCGAGCGCUCCUCCCAGACGCGCCAGGCUGUGGGAGCGCUGCGCGCACGCAGCAAGGAGAGAGAGCUCAAGUACCGCCGGCUGGUGGCGCUCUGCACGCGCAGGCCUGAGUCGGAGCUUGACUCGUUGCUCGACACGCUCACAAGGGCGGUCGAGUCUGAGAAGGGCGAGUUGGAGAUAGCGAGGGUUAGGAGGUUCCUUGGUGGUGUGGAGGAUGUUGCCCUGGGGUGA